AGACUUGAGAAUUAAAAAUCAUUAUCAGUAACAAGUCUGGUCCCCUCAUCUUCAAAGAUUCAGAGGGGCUCGACUCACUCACAACUCUUGUCGCUUCUCUCCCGUCUUAUACACAUAUUCACGAUGCUUACCCUGCUUAGCAUAUUCCUGCUCUUAUCACAUGUCCUUUCUCUCGGCCAAUCACUCGACUGUGAUGAAAGAAUAGAAUACAAGGGAGAAAACCGUUGCUGCAAGAAAUGUCGACCAGGGGAGUCUAUGAAACAGAGAUGCAGUGGACAGUCUGAAACUAAGUGUAACCCCUGCAACAAUGGCUACUACAAUGACAACUACAAUAAUGACUAUCUGGUGUGUAAAAACUGCAAAGGGUGUUACAAAGAACAUAUGAAGGUUGAGAGAAACUGCACGCUGACAAGUGAUGCCGUGUGCACGUGUGAAGACGGCUUCAGAUGCAGUGACAUCAAAUGUGAGACAUGUGUGAAGGUCCAAACCCCAGUUCCUACUAAACUACCAGUGUCCACAGACAAUAUGUGGAUCUCGGUGAGUCUGUGUUUUGCGUGUGUGUGUGUGUGCGCUCUGCUCACCUGUUUCCUUCUCAUCAGCAGACAUGGAUGGCCAUGUAAACGGAUCAUGUCAGCAUCAGCCGCUCUCUGUUCCUCCGAAAAGAGAGACUCUAAAUGCAGUGAGUGCACAGAAGAGGAGGAGGUACCAAUGCCAGUGCAGGAGGUGUGUGAAAAGACACUGGAGGAUGUCUGAGAAGGACAGAAGCAGACGACCACGGAUGCGUGUGUGGCUCGAGUAUUUAUACUGACACAGACCUGAUGCCGCCAUACCUUCAAGAGUCUGUAGUCAGAUGGCCGCCUGAAGGUUUUGUGAGAAUGACCGUCUGUCUUUGGAGACCAUCCUGAGAAAUUCAGAGACAGCAGGAGAUACACACUUCCCACUGCACACAAAGACACUGAAUAUACAAUUCUUUGCAAAUAAUGACGUAAAUUAUAUUGUCUGUGCUUUUGUUUAUAUUUAUAAAUAGUUGGUGUGUCCAUGAACUUUUCUAUCAACAUCGACUUUAUGUUAAACAUAUGAAAGUUUAAGGAGAAGUGUACAGUAUAUCCUGACUGGUCGAUAUUUCUUCCAAGUUUUAAUUAUUUUGGUAAAGUUGUCUUUAGGAGUUCACCGUAAACAGCUCUUUUGAUUUGAGGGGAAUGUUGUGAUGUAGUGUGUAAAUGAAUAUGGGCUGAG